UCACAAUACCGGCCCGGCCCUUUGGUGCACGAUUGGCUGCCGCUGUCACUUACGCGUCGCUCUUCCUCGUUUGCCCCUCGUGUUCAUGGGAGCUCGUUUUCUUUUCCUCUAGGCAGAGAAGAGGCGAUGGCGGCGAUGGCAUAUCUCGGCGCCCUGGCGCUGCUCCUGCUGUCCAGCCUCUCCCGCUGCUCAGCUGAGGCCUGCCUGGAGCCCCAGAUCACCCCUUCCUACUACACCACUUCUGACGCUGUCAUUUCCACCGAGACUGUCUUUAUUGUGGAGAUCUCCCUGACAUGCAAGAACAGGGUCCAGAACAUGGCUCUCUAUGCUGACGUCGCUGGAAAACAGUUCCCUGUCACCCGAGGCCAGGACGUGGGGCGUUACCAGGUGUCCUGGAGCCUGGACCACAAGAGCGCCCACGCAGGCACCUAUGAAGUCAGAUUCUUCGACGAGGAGUCCUACAGCCUCCUCAGGAAGGCUCAGAGGAAUAACGAGGACAUUUCCAUCAUCCCGCCCCUGUUCACAGUCAGCGUGGACCAUCGGGGCACUUGGAACGGGCCCUGGGUGUCCACUGAGGUGCUGGCUGCGGCGAUUGGUAUCGUGAUCUACUACCUGGCCUUCAGCGCAAAGAGCCACAUCCAGGCCUGAGGGCGGCACCCCAGCCCUGCCCUUGCUGCCUUCAAUAAACAUCACAGGACCUGAGGCUG